GAGCGCGGGCGCGGAGCCGCGAUGCGCCGGGGCCCCGGGCGCGCUCUGCCGCUGCCGCUGCUGCUGCUGCUGACGGCGGCGGCGGCACCGGGCGACGGCGAGGAGGCGAUCCAGUGCCCGCCGUGCUCGGAGGAACGGCUGGCUCGCUGCAAAGCACCGCAGGGCUGCACGGAGCUGGUGCGGGAACCGGGCUGCGGCUGCUGCGCGACCUGCGCCCUCGGCCGCGGUACCGCCUGCGGAGUCUACACCCCGCGCUGCGGUGCCGGGCUGCGGUGCUACCCGCCCCGCGGCGUGCCGCGGCCCCUGCACACCCUCAUGCACGGCCAGGGGGUCUGCACUGACCUGGCCGACGUCGAGGCCAUCCAGGAGAGCCUCCACCCCCCAGAGAAGGAGGAGAUUGACCACCCCAACAACAGCUUCAACCCCUGCAGCAUCCACGACCGCAAGUGCCUGCAGAAGCAGCAGGCGAAGAGGGUCAACAACGGCAACAAGAUGCGCAGCAGCGGGAGCCCGUACCACCGCGAGGAGACGCGGCCCAUCGUGCAGGGCUCGUGCCAGAGCGAGCUGCACCGGGCGCUGGAGAGGUUGGCUGCCUCGCAGACCCGCACGCACGAGGACCUGUACGUCAUCCCCAUCCCCAACUGCGACCGCAACGGCAACUUCCACCCCAAGCAGUGUCACCCGGCGCUGGACGGGCAGCGCGGCAAGUGCUGGUGCGUGGAUCGCAAGACGGGGGUGAAGCUGCCGGGCAUCCUAGAGCUGAAGGGCGACUUGGACUGUCACCAGCUGGCCGACAGCAUGUGAGCACGACGGCGGAGGCCCCGUGCCGUGCCGCGGCCAGGACACUCACCGGGGAGACGAAGAGAGGGGAUACGAUUGCUGAGCAGCUCCCCGGUGCCAGAGGAGCCCGGCACGUGCCCUGGAUCGCCGCCGUGCCCUGUGCCACGGGCUGCCCAACGGCACCGUGCCCUGUGCCAUGACCACUAGCCGCUGCUGCUGAGGGGUCGCCGAGCGGCACCUCCAUCCCGCACGGACACUUGCUUGGACAGAUGCUGCCCUGGGGCUGGUGCCAGGCUGCCUGGGUGGAGAGGGUAGAGAGCACCCACCACGCUGCGGCUCUGGGUGCUGCCCACCCGCCCUGUGGUGCCUGCCCCCCUGUAUCCCCCCGCCCUGGCUUUUAUCCCGGCCCUUCUGUUCUGUGGUGCAGCUGGGGACCCGCAGCCUGGCAGCUCUGGCACAGGCUCGGCUGCUGCCCCAGCACGGAAAGGCAGCCGUGGACACACUGGUGCCUGGUGGGGUCCGUGGUGGCACCCCUUGCCCGCAGUGCCUUGCUGUCUGUGCCAGACCUCUGUGGCAGCAGAAGUGCCUCAUCCUGCCCUACCUGGCAGCGGGAGGCUCUGCAGGCAAGGAGCAGGGGAGGCUGGAGAGACCCCCCCAGACCCCUGCACCGCCUACCUGGGCCCUCCCUGCCUCCAUCCCACCCAAAGUGUGUGUGUGUGUGUGUGUGUGUGUGUGUGUGUAUGCAACGGGCAUCGCAGCCGCACAGAGCAAUAAGUGAACUUUGCCCUCCCUGCUGCAGCCCCACAGCCUGGGAACCACCUGCACCACGGCUCAGCCCCAUCCUGCUCCCUGUGAGGGACAAAGCUGUUGGCUGCAGCGUUUCCCUCCCAUCCAUCCUGUCUCCUCCUGCCACAUAUUCAUCCACCGUCCCCAGGUAGAGGGGUGCAGAGAGGUGCAUCCUGUGGGUGCUGGGUCCAAGGGGAGGGUUUGGGGUGCAAGAGAGGCCCAGGAAACGGCUCCCAGCAGCAAGAGCUGCUGUUGGGUUUGGGGUUUGUCUGGUUUUUUUUUCCCUUCCCCAAAGGUUUAUAGUAUUUAAAUGAUGUAGUUGAGGGGAUCUUAGAAGCGACCGUGUGGCCUCCGAGGUUGGGAUCCCCCAUCUCAACAGGGCACCACCUUGGCUUCUGGCUUCUUCCAGUGUGAGGAAACCAGGAUGAAUUUGUGGCGUGUCUCAGCGGUGAGGAUCUGCAGAUGUCACCAGUACAACGUUCUCGGCUGAGAAAUCGCCACUGUUUUUGUAGCAUUUUUUUCCCCACUUCUUCUUCUUUGUGUUUUUGGUUUUUUUAAAGCUGGGCUGGGAAUUUUUCACCUAAAUGUCUUUUAGGUGAGAAAUGUCCGUGCUGGAUGCUUUGGCAAGUGUGCCAAAGGUGGGGGGUGGAUUCUGCCGCUCUCCCUUUGACCCACCCCCAGCUCCAUGGCUGCAGUGGAAGAUUUUGGUUUGUCUGUGUGGAUUUGCCCUGUAGCAGAAUGUUUCAGUUUUAGUGAAACACUCUUCUGCUCCCCUGGUCCCCAGCACGGCAUGACACAGCCUGGCAUGGCAUGGCAGCUCCCUGGCACCAGUGGGGAGGUCCUGAUGUCUCUUGGUGGAGGUGCAGGUGGGGACAGGGACUGGCAAGUGCCAUCAUCCCAAGGUCCAGGCAGAAAGGAUGGAGCAGACCAGCAUUGGAGCUGGCACAGGGCUGAGCUUCACAGCUCAUUGGCACAGCCUCCCCUGGCUUCUCAUCAGGGUGACAGUGUCCCCGUGUCACAUCCCAUGUCCCCAGGCACACGUGUCACAGCGUGGCACCAGCACCUUCCACCCUGGGUCCCAUGGGGCUGCACUGCUUCCCCUGCCCCCCUGCACCCCCAGCCCUGGCACCCUGAUGGAUCCCCUGCCUGCCCUGGCACUCUGAUGGAUCCUCUGCUGGCCUCAGCACCUUGAUGGAUCCCCUGCCUGCCCUUGUGCCCAGCUGGAUCCCCUGCCUGCCCUUGUGCCCAGCUGGAUCCCCUGCCUGCCCUUGUGCCCAGCUGGAUCCUCUGCCUGCCCUGGCACCCUGAUGGAUCCCCAGCUGGCCCCAGCAUCCAGCUGGACCUGUUGCUUGCCCCUGGCCCUGCUCAGGGCAGACUGCACACAACUUCUCAACUGAGUCCAUUUGCCAGGAUGGUGGUUGGUGAGGAUGGGGAUUGCUGCCCUCUGGUGCCACUGUGCAAGGGAUGGGUUUCCCAGUAGUGGUGGGGUCGUGAUGCCAGUCCCUGUGCCCACAGCACCAUAUUGGGGUGCAGGAUGGAUGCAGCAGCCACCCCAGCCUACCCAAGCUCAGCCACCUGCGCCCAGCGGAGCCUCUCCUGGCUUUGGGUGGCUGGUGAAGGGUGUGGGCACUUGCAAGGGCACGUUCUGUGUGCAGGGCAGAGGGCUCCAGCAUUUUCUAGCGUCUCUCCUGUAGUUUAAGGCUGUAUUUACACACAUAAGGCUCCCCAGCCGCAGUGACGUUUUUCUGUGCCACUGUGGUUCCCGUCGGUUCCUCCUGGGCCAAGCCCAAUCCCUUCAGACUCCCACGUAGCACCGACUCUCUUUUGCAGUAAACUUGAACCUUUGUAUUGUCAAAAAAGAAACAAAAAGGUAAUUA